AUGGGGCACCGAGCGGCAGAGGCAGCCGGCAAACUAUCAACGAGACGUAAACAGGGAUCGAUGAUGGCGGUGAUCCACCGAAAUCUGGCGCAAUUCAUUGGAUGGUGCCAAGAGGAAGAUGAAUAUUUGCUUGUUUAUGAAUACCUGCCUAAUGGUAGCCUUGAUAAUCAUCUCUUUGGAUCUAGGAAAAGUCUGCCGUGGGAUGUGAUGUACAAGAUAGCUCUAGGCCUGGCGUUAGCCCUUAAUUAUCUUCGUGAAGAAGCAGAGCAAUGCGUUCUUCACAGAGAGAUAAAAGCUGCCAACAUAUUACUCGAUACAAGCUUCAGCACCAAGCUCGACGACUUUGGAGUGGCCAAGCUCGCUGACCCCCAGUUCAGGACUCAAAUGACGGAUGUGGUAGGGACAUGCGGCUAUCUGGCACCGGAAUAUGUGACUGAAGGGAAGGCUACUAAAGAGCCUGACAUGUUCAGCUUCGGGGUUGUGGCUCUAGAAAUCGCAUGUGGUAGGAGGACCUACCAGGAAGGUGAAUAUCAAGUCCCACUAUACAAGUGGCUUUGGCAGCUUUACCAAACUGGAAACAUGCUUGAAGCAGCCGAGGAGACUUUGAAUUCAAGUUUUGAUAGGAAGGAAAUGGAAUGCUUGAUGAUGCUGGGACUUUGGUGUGAGCAUCCAGAUCCUAAGAGAAGGCCGAAAGCAGGACAAGUUAUCAGAUUUCUUCAGCUAGAAGCCUUGGUACCCGAGUUUCCAUUUGACACCUACAAGGUUCCCUUUUUAUAUCAGCGAUCAGCACCUAGAAUAGAGUCUUCCUCUUCUAUUCAAGAAUCGCCUCCCGUUAAGCAAGACAUAUCAUUGCUCCAAAAGCCAUGCAGCAACACAUGUUGA